AUGGGCAGUUCACAUUCAUUUUCAAUAUCACAUUUUAAUGCGAAUAUUCGUACAAGUGAUGGAAAGACAUUUGGAUUAUCUUCUCAUGAUUUUGUUGAUCAUAUUGUAUUGCUUCGUCGAGUGAUUGCGCAUCCAGAAAUGACGCAGCAAGGUGAAACGUUGAAUUAUUAUAUCGAUGAUUAUUGUAGACGCAUGGCUCGCCAAGAAAUUGCAACCAGGAAUAAACAACGGAGACUUCCAUGGCAAAUCGACUGGGUCUGGCAUGUUCAUCGUCUUCAUCCAAUUGCCUAUAACAACGAUUGUACUAAGCAAUUACCAAAUAGUAAACUUGUCGAUAAAAGUUACCGACGAUUAAGAAUAAAACGACGUCGAAAAUUCCGUUCAGUGAAUUUAUUCGAAUCAAUAAGAAAUCCUUCAACGUUUAUUCCUUCGAUCGAUCUGGCAAAAGCCGUAGUUCGUCAACAUGAUUUUCUUGAAAAAUUUAAGCAACAUAGACUUUUUUCAAUGGAUCUACGACUAUUGAAUCGAAACUUAUUUGAACAAAUGGUACAAAAUUAUAUUUCAUUUUUAAAACUAGCAAAAAUAGAUGAAAUCAUUGUACCAACAUUCGAUAUUGAUUUGAUAUGGCAUACACAUAUGAGGUUUCCAUUAUCUUAUCAAAACACGUCGAAAGCAUUAUGUGGUUUUCUUCUUGAUCAUGACGACUCGCUAGAAAAUGAUAUUCUAGUCGAUGCUUAUCAGAAAACAGCUGAACAGUGGAAGAUGACUUACAAGGUAGAUUAUGGCAAAGAUAUUGACAAAGAUAACUUGCGCACAUCGCAAUAUGUUAGCUCCUGCGCAAUAAUAAUGGCACCGGUUGUUAUAUUCUCAUCAAGUGAAGGUGGUGGUGGAUGUGGAGGUGGAGGUGGUGGUGGUGGGUGUGGAGGUGGAGGUGGGGGUGGUGGUGGUGGUGAUGGAUGUGGAGGUGGUGGAUGUGGAGGUGGAGGUGGAGGUGGAGGAUGUUGA